AUGGCUUCAACUACUCAAGUGUCUUCGGAGACUACCCAAAACAUCAAGUUGAGUGCAGCAUACGACAAAGAAGCGCACAACGAGUAUAAGUACAAUGCUUAUCUGCCUGUCUACGAUGAACAAACAACAUUUCCGCCGCUUGAGCCAUUCGACUUCCAUGAUCGUGGACACAAUGCCGACAAGGCCAAACCGAAUCUGCUCUUCAGCGACAACGACGUGAAGAUCACACGCCUCACCCCAGGCAUUAGUACCGAGAUCUCAGGACUACAGCUUUCACAGCUUUCAGACGCACAGAAGGACGAACUUGCUCUGCUUCUCGCCGAACGUGGUGUUGUUGUAUUUCGCGACCAAGACUUCAAGGACAUUGGUCCCAACGCACAGAAAACCCUCGGCCAGUACUUCGGACCCUUGCAUGUUCAUCCUGUCGGUGCUCAUGUUGCAGACAACCUUGAAUUCCAUAACAUCUACUUGGGCGCCGACAACCUCUACCGAGCACAGCAGCGUUCUUCUAGACUGACAUCAACGGGGUAUCACAGCGAUGUAUCUUACGAACACCAGCCGCCUGGCAUCACUCUGCUCACUCUGCUCGCCGUCCCGGCCACUGGCGGUGACACCGCUUGGGUCAGCCAGACGCUGGCAUAUGAACGCCUCAGUGACCCCAUCAAGAAGCUGAUUGAGGGUCUCCGAGCCGAGCAUAGCGGCUUCGCUCAGGCAGAGAGAGCCAGGCGUGACGGCAAGUUUGUCCGACGCGACCCAGUGCUGAGCCAACACCCUAUCGUGCGAGUGCAUCCGGUGACUGGCCGCAAAGCACUUUUCGUCAACCCCGGGUUCACAAAGCGCAUCAUCGGUCUCAAGGAUGAGGAGUCCGAUGCUAUAUUGCAGUUGCUUUUCAAGCACAUCUCUCUGUCGGCAGAUCUGCAGGUCCGAGUCAAAUGGGACGAUCGCACCGUUACGCUUUGGGACAAUCGCGUCACGGCUCAUACAGCGAUCAAUGAUUAUGAUGUGCAGAGUGCCGAAGAGGGAUUACGCCACGGCUUCAGGAUCACAACCUUGGCUGAGAAGCCGGUGGGUGUUGACGGACUGAACAGCACUUGGUAA